CAUUCAGCAUAGUGUGACUUAUCUGUGGUUUGGUAGUCCGGUGUUAUUUGUAAUGGGUUUGUGUUGGUUUUAUAAAAACUUCUUUACAAAUUAACAUGAGUUAUUGGAAAAAUUUUUCCGUUGAUGCAAACGAACUGAAAGAUUACUUUAAAACACAUAAAGCGGUUAAAGAGUUUCAAGCUCAUUCAUCAAAAGUGCAUUCAGUCGGCUGGAGCUGUGACGGAAAACGUUUAGCAUCUUGUUCUUUUGAUAAGUCUGUUGCUACGUUUACUGUUGACAAAGACCGAUUGAACAAAGAAUAUACUUAUAAAGGUCAUGGUGGUAGUGUUGAUCAGUUAUGUUGGCAUAAAUCUAAUCCAGACUUAUUAAGUACAGCAAGUGGUGAUAAAUCAGUGAAAAUUUGGGAUGUUAGACAUCAAAAAUGUUCAAAUACUAUUCCUACAAAGGGAGAAAAUAUUAACAUAACAUGGUCACCUGAUGGUAAUACAAUUGCUGUUGGCAAUAAAGAAGAUUUAAUUACCUUUAUUGAUAUGCGUACAUUACAUACGAUUAAUGAGCAACAGUUCAAUUUUGAAGUUAAUGAAAUGUCAUGGAAUAAUGAAAGCGAUUUAUUCUUUCUAACUAAUGGUUUAGGUUAUGUUUAUGUGUUAAGCUUUCCAGACUUAGUACAGCAUCAUAUUGUUAAAGCCCAUCCUGGAACUUGUAUUUGUAUUGAAUUUGCUCCAAAUGGCCAAUAUUUUGCGGUUGGUUCUGCAGAUGCAUCUGUAUCAUUAUGGGAUUUGGAAAAUUUAGCAUGUAUUCAAACGUAUAAUAGGUUGGAUUGGCCAGUACGUGCAAUUAGUUUUUCAUAUGAUGGGAAAAUGUUAGCUUCAGGUAGUGAAGAUUUAUACGUUGACAUUGCUGAUGUAACUACUGGGGAAAAAAUAACUGAUGUACCUAUUGAAGCUGCAACAUUCACAGUUGCAUGGCAUCCUAAACAAUAUUUACUAGCAUUUGCAUGUGAUGACAAAGAGCAAUUUGAUAGAAAAAGAGACACUGGUAAUUUAAAAGUGUUUGGUUUCAAUUCCGAAUAAUUAGAUAAUUAAAAUUUUAUUAUUAAAUAUGUUCAUGUAUUAUUCUUAUGUAAUAUUUUAUACUACAAAAACAAAUGAUAUAUUCAGGUUGUUCAGUAUGUAAGGAAACAGGUCACUUGUUAUAAAUAAUAAGAACAAUAGAAACCCAUUUCCUUACUUACUGAACACCUUAAAUAUAUACUAUGAUUAAUUUUUUUAUGUUCAUUAUUUGGUAAUAUUUAAAACUACAUGACUUAUAUGCUUAAGAUAUUUUCUUAAUAAAAAGAAACUGAUAUAAAUUAUAAAUAAAAAUUUGGUAAUAAAUUAA